AUUUCGUGCUGGUUGAAUUCGAGUCGACCACUAGAGGUAAGCUGAAGUUUAGUAAAUCAAGUAAGGAUUCAAAAAACCUGUGCCUCUAACUAUGGAUAUAACACGUAAAAGUACUAUUGACUGUAAUCAGGGUGCCAUUAGAGCCGUUCGUUACAACGUUGAUGGUUCCUACUGUUUAACAUGCGGCUCGGAUAAAAAAAUAAAACUUUGGAAUCCAAAGUCUGGUCUUCUGUUAAAAACUUACGGAGGUCAUGCCGGUGAAGUAAUGGACGCUGCCGGAAGCUGUGAUAGUAGCUUCAUUGUAUCUGCUUCAGGAGACAAGAGUGUUAUUUACUGGGACGUCAUGACGGGAUUGCCAGUACGCCGGUUACGAGGCCACGCCGGAGCAGUACAGUGUGUUAAAUUUAACGAAGAAUCUUCGGUGGCUGUUUCCGGAUCAACGGAUAACACAGUUAUGUGCUGGGACAUUCGGACACGAAAACUGGAUCCUAUUCAAACAAUGCGCGACGCAAAGGAUUGCAUUACAGCUGUUAUCGUAUGUGAGCACAAGAUUAUCAGUAGUUCUUUGGAUGGUUCAAUUCGACAGUACGAUCUUAGGAAAGGGGAGCUGACCUGUGAUACGAUCGGGGUUCCAAUUACUCACAUUGUUCAAACUAAGGACGGACAGUGCAUUCUCGCGGCUUGUUUAGAUAGUACCAUCCGAUUGGUGGACACCGACAGCGGCGAAUUGCUGUCGGAAUAUAGGGGACACAAGACCGAAGACUACCACAUUGAAUGCGGAGUUAUACAGAGCGAUUCCAGCAUUAUAUCUGGUUCGUCAGAAGGAUGCGCUGUUAUAUGGGAUCUGCUGGAGGGGACCGAACUGCGAAGGCUGCAAAUGAAAUCUGGAGUUGUUCACUCGUUGGCCCCUCAUCCUACUGGGAGCGACAUUGUUUUUGCGAUAAAAAGACAAGUAGAAGUAUGGGGACAUCCAGAGGAAACAGAAGACAGCUAAUAUAUAAUACCAUGAAAUCUGUACUAGCCAUUUAAACGCUGGCAUGUUUAUUAUUCCGACGGUUGCUGGGUAUGAUGACCAUUUUUAUUUUAUGUUUCUGUACAGACGUUAGCCAAUAAUUCAAUAAUAAAGAAAGACCAUUAUUAAUGUAACUUUCAGCUUCCUAAACAUUAAUUACGUUUUAGCCAUCAUAUCAAUUCGAAGCGGAAGUAAGUUAUCUUUAAAUUGUAAUAGAAAAUCACUAAGUUGGUUGAGAAACAAGAUUGUCACAAAAUUCCCAAAAC